UAUUCACACCCAUUUCCUUCCUUCAUAUGAUAUCCACCUUUUUCUUUUUCCAUCCCACCACCUCCAACUCCAACUCCAACUCCAUCUCCAACCCCAACACUCUCCAUUAAUAUUGUAUACAUGAAUCACUCAACCAACAAUCCCAAUUCCCAAUUCCAACAACAUAGGAUUCAAACUACUUCCACCCACCUCAACAACCCCCCAACACUUUCCAAGUCUGAUCAAGCAAAUGAAUGUUCAUAAUUGAUGCUUCAUCACCUCUGCUUUAUAGCUAUAGCUGCUGAGUGAGUGAGUGAGUGAAUAUGACUUCCCAAACACCUUUACUACAUAUGUAUGUAUAAUAGCAAAAAUACAAAUUGACCCCUCCUCCCUCCCACCUCCCACUCCUCAAAAUCUCAUUGAAAUCCGUAAGAAGACAGCUACUAGUCUGCUAAGCGACCAAGUCUGCGUCGCCUACAACUUCAUCAUUCGACUCCCUUCCUCACUCCAAUUUUGCCCCCCAAACACCACCUCUCCCUCUCACUAAAAAACUCCCAAAUCUCCCCAAGGCCCUGCAGAUCUCGCACCACCUCCAGCAAUGGGGAAAGGCGGUGCUCUCUCGGAUCGGGUGGUGAAAAAGAUCAUCCUCUCUUACACUUAUGUCGCCGUCUGGAUCUUCCUCUCCUUCACCGUCAUCGUCUACAACAAAUACAUCCUCGACAAGAAGCUCUACAACUGGCCUUUUCCCAUCUCCCUCACCAUGAUUCACAUGGCCUUCUGCUCUUCCCUCGCUUUCGUGGCCGUCCGCAUCUUCAAACUCGUCGAACCUGCCGCCCUCAGCCGCCGUGUCUACCUCUCCUCCGUCGUCCCCAUCGGCGCUCUUUACUCCCUAUCCCUCUGGCUCUCUAACUCUGCCUACAUCUACCUCUCAGUGUCCUUCAUCCAAAUGCUCAAGGCCCUUAUGCCUGUUGCUGUCUACACUAUUGGGAUUAUGUUCAAGAAAGACAGUUACAAGAAUAGUACCAUGUUCAACAUGCUUGCAAUCUCUGUGGGCGUGGCCAUUGCUGCUUAUGGUGAGGCCAAGUACGAUUCUUGGGGGGUUUUCCUUCAGCUGGGGGCGGUUGUUUUUGAGGCUACAAGGUUGGUUAUGAUUCAGAUCUUAUUGACCUCUAAAGGGAUUAGUUUGAACCCCAUUACUUCCCUUUACUACGUGGCGCCCAGCUGUCUCGCGUUUCUUGCAAUUCCAUGGUUGUUUGUGGAGUAUCCUUUGUUGAAGCAGCAGAUUUCAGGAUUCCAUUUCGAUUUCGCAAUUUUUGGAACUAAUUCUCUGUGUGCAUUUGCAUUGAACUUGGCUGUGUUCUUGUUGGUGGGAAAGACUUCAGCUUUGACCAUGAAUGUUGCUGGGGUUGUGAAGGAUUGGUUGUUGAUUGCUUUCUCUUGGUCAGUGAUUAAGGAUACGGUGACCCCGAUCAAUUUGUUUGGGUAUGGGUUGGCAUUUUUGGGCGUUGGGUAUUAUAAUCACUUGAAGUUGCAGGCUUUGAAGGCAAAAGAAGCACAGAAGAAGGCACAGCCGGAGGAUGAGGAGUCGGGGAAGCUGUUGGAGCAGAGGGAGGGGGAUGGAAUGGGGAAGAAGGGAGAUUCACAAGCUUAACUGCAGAAUUAUGUAUUUAGAAAGACAAAAAAAGAAAUUCAAUUGGAUUAAAUGUGAGGAAGAAAUCUGGGGUUUUGCAGGUUAGGCUCUGGUGUUCAUCGGUGGAUCUGGGUGUUGCCCGAAGGAUUAUUUUGACAUGCAUUAUUUUGGUUGUUAAUGGUGGUGUUGAUUGAGAUCCAGAUUUCUUGCUCACAAUGCCUGUUGGUUUAUCUAAUGUUAUUAGAGUAGAAAUAGUAAAUGCAGUCCAUUCCUUCUUUUUUUCCUCUCUCCAUUCAGUGUUGGUUUUGAUCCUUUUAUUUGAUACGGAUAUCUGAAUGAAUUGAUACGAAUUCCAUUAUGCUGGAAGCACUUUGCAAGUUUUCAUCCUUUUUGUGUACUGGGCGUGCCUGCCUGCUAUCAGGUUUCCUGGAUCUUGCUUUCACAUUGAUUAGAUUGGCAUUAGUUAUGAGGAUGGCUUAUGUGGUGCUAAAUAUCUCUAAAGAAAAUCACUGAUAUUGGACUUUGUCUGAAUCUAA